ACACUGACAAAUGAUACUGAUACAUGCGCUGAGCGCCCACCGGCAAAUCCUAUUUCUACGAAGAUGAAAACACAUCCAAAGACAUCGCGCAUUUCGAGUCUUGAUUCGUCACUAUCGCCAUGGCCGUGUCCUCGCCAAAGUUCAGAAUUGCAAUCAGUGGAGGAGGUAUAGGAGGCCUUGCAUUAGCUGCCUUUAUCUGCAAGCAUUCCAAGGACGUUGCCGUCGACAUAUAUGAGACAAAAACCGAAAUUUCAGUCAUUGGCGCCGGAAUCGCUAUUUGGAAGCGUACAUGGCAGACGUUGCAGGAUAUUGGACUUGAAGAUGAGGUCAGGAAGCGGGGUCUACCCUUGCCGAAAGAAGGAGAAAUUCGAGGACCCAUAUUCCGCAAGGCAGACCAACCGAGCGAAGGCGUUGACUUCCAUAACCAUAUGAUGCCAUACGGACCCUUGACGCUUCCACGACCUACUCUGCUGGAAUUACUGCAAACAACCCUGACCGAUAUGUGCAAGAUUCACACUUCAAAGCACGUCGCUUCGUACGAAGAGACACCGGGUGGACCUAUCACUAUCCAUUUCAAGGAUGGCUCUAGCUCUACUGCGGACGUUUUAGUUGGUUGUGAUGGUGUUCACUCCAAUACUAGAGCCACAAUGUAUCGCGACCUUGCGAAGACAGACCCUUCAAAAGGAUAUGAGUCGUUCUGCGAGCCCAAGUGGAGCGGGCAGCUUGCCUAUAGAACAGUAAUCCCGAAGACGAAGAUCAGCGAAAAAGACCCCAAUCACCAGGCUUUGACGCAAGCGAAGAUAUGGUGCGGAAAGAACAAGCACGCCGUCACUCACCCAUUCGGUGACACCAUCAAUGUCAUAUGCUUCUACAACGAGGAAGGAGGCUACGGGAAACCUUUUACUGCAGCUUGGGUUGCGGACGUUCCAACGGCGGAAGUCGUAGAUCGUUUCCAGAAUUGGGAGUCAGACAUCCUCAAAGUCCUCCAGGCGAUUGAGAAUCCCAGCCGCUGGGCGAUCCAUGUUGUCGACCGACUCCCGUACUCGGUUGCAGGUCAUGUCGCAUUGGUGGGGGAUGCAGCACACGCAAUGACACCUCACCAGGGCGUCGGCGGUGGCCAAGCCAUUGAAGAUGCACACAUUCUUGGACGCCUCCUCGCUCACGAGAAAACGACGGUCCAUAACCUCAAAGAGGUCCUCGAGAUCUACCAGGCCAUUCGUCUCCCAUUGGCUCAAAAAGCUGCAGAACGGUCCUGGAACAACGGCCUGCUAUAUGAUUUCAUCCACCCCGAUCAUUCAGUGAAAGCUGACGCCACACCGGAGGAGCUCAAAUCUCUUGGUCUGGCGGUCGGGGAGGCAUUUGCCUGGCUAGGAAAGGGCGGGUGUGAUGAGGAUUGGACCGAGGCCGAGUCUAGAUUGUUGCAGUUGAACUAGAACCGAGGGUAUCGAGGCCAUUGCUCUUGGAUUUCAAGCAAGAUGAUGUAGAUUGUAAGAACAACAGACAACUUCCUACCCUCUUCGGUAAUUGAAUAACAAGCUGCUAGAUCUCUAUUGCGUGUGGUGUGC